AUGAAUGUUUCUUCUUUGGAUGGUACCAUCGCAUCCAGCAGCAGUGGCCAAAGUUCCAGCAGCAGCUCCGCGGAACCGAAGCGCCCGGCGUACGAUCCGACGCUGAGCGAGCGCAUCAACCCCUUCGACAAGGACAGGAUCGCGGGCACCGUCCGGGGCACCAGCAGUGGCAGCGACAGCAGCAUCACCAGCAGCGUUGGCAGCAACACAACUAGCAGUAAGAUCACAACCAACGACGACACCGAUCGUUACACUAUACAGCAAGGUAUCAGGGAACAACCAUCGCUAACCGGGCGCUUCCAGGCACCGGCCGCCGGUGGUGGUCUCGGUGCAGCCGCCGUCCCGUCGCCGGUCACCCUGCCCGCCGCCACCUUCAGCACUACAGCAGCAACGACCGCUUCCGUAACUUCCGCCUUCCCGUCCUCCUCCGUUUCGUCCUUCUCCGUGUCCGGAUCGUCGGGUUACUCGAGCGCCACCAGUACCGGCUUUUCCACACCGUCAGCACCGUCGGCGAGCAGCGAGCAGAAGAAGCAAGAGUUCGGCCGCACCAAGCGCGCCUCGUCCGAUGCCGAGAUCAUCUUCGGUGAUCGUGGGGCCGAUUUCUACAACAAGCGCUUGGACCGUGCCGGUAGCCGUGGCGAGUUCCGGCAGCGCACCGAAUCCCUCACGGAUGCGGAACUCAUCUUCGGCACCAGUGCCGUUACCGGGCCGGCCACACCGCCGAACAGUGCGACGCCCUUCUCGCCGGCGGCCACCACCAGCAGUUCGGGCUCGGUCGCCGCACGGUACGGUUCGUACGGAAGUCGCGACAGUACCAGCUUCGGCAGCACAACGUCCGACUCGGACUUUGUGUACGGCAGGAAGGAUCCGAGUGUGCUGACAAAGAGCAUGUCCGUCGCAUGCGAUCGUACGGCCAGCGCUGGUAAACCGUGGGCAAGGGCUGGCCCACGCGAUGACGAGGAGGAGUUCGAUUUAAAGUAA